AUGGGAACCUGUUAAUUCUUAGCUCAGAAUCUAGACAAAUAAAAAAGUUAGAGUGAUAUUGGAACAGCCUUCCAACCUUAUAUAGUAUAAUUGAAACUUACUCCUCUUGUUGGUAACAUUACAGGAGAUGAUGAUAAAAUGGAUGAUUUAUACUUUGAUAUUGAAAAAUAAAUCUCUAUAUACUAAGUAUAAAUAAAUCAAUAUAAUAGGAGAAAAUCUAAGUCGAUAAUCAGUGCAGUCAACUCUAAUUGUCAUCAAAAUUAUAAAUAACACAUGAUCCUUCUUCUCAAUCUUUUGAUCAGUCUUAAUAAAUUCUGAAGUCCCCAAGAAAAAAUAAAAAUCUAAAUGCAAAAUUUAAAGAGAUGAUUUUUUGA